ACAAACACCAAGCACGCAAUCCAUUUAGUUUCGGCUGGAAAUGUUAAUUUUACUACUGCUUUCUGCCGUGUUUUUCGUCGAAACUGCACAGAUUACGAAGGACAAGGAUGUUGCGCUGUCCAACCAAUCGGCCACAUUCAAUCCGCUAAGCCCGCUAGUAAAAUGUUCGUUCCUACCGCUGGAAUUUAUGGACUGCGAUGAACCGAUCAAUCUCAAGGGGAACCGUACCGCCCGGGAUGCAGGUGCUAAUGGGUGCGUAAAGUUUGGUGGUGUCUACUACGAUGAGGUGGAAGUGACGAAAGUUAACUGUAUCGUGUUUGAAAACAUCGAAUGCUAUGGAGCGCGGGAGUUUUUGCGCGACGGAUUUCCGUGCGUAAAGUACACGGAUCACUAUUUCGUUACGACGUUGCUAUACAGCAUACUGCUCGGAUUUCUCGGCAUGGAUCGGUUCUGUCUCGGUCAGACUGGGACGGCCGUUGGAAAGCUGCUGACGCUGGGUGGCGUUGGGAUCUGGUGGAUUGUAGACAUUGUGCUGUUGAUUACGAACAAUUUGCUGCCCGAAGAUGGUAGCAACUGGAAUACGAAGGUGUGAAAAUCCGCACAUGUGCACCCUUCCAUCACAGAUAUUUGUUCGGAUGUUAUGUUUGCCCCCUUUGGUAGAUAGAAUUAAUGAACCAAUAUAGGAUAAGACAUUCGUAAUG